AUGUUCUCCACCACUUCCAUAGUUUUAUGGUUUACAAUUUUGUUACCAGUUACAUUACCAGUUUCAAUAGACAACAGAGAUUUAUUACUCAAACGACACGUUGAGCCAAAUGAUAUACAAUUUUUCAACCAAGGAGUAAGAUCUUCUUUAAGUUAUAUUUACCAGAAAAGAGACGUUUCUGAUUCGGAUAAUGAACAAGUUUUGAGAAAAAGCAAAAAGAAGAAAAAGACUACAUCAACAGGCACUCCUGGGAAUGAAAAUACCACAGAUUUUGCUUCUGCUCAAGAGUUCGAAAAAUGGGAGGGUGAUAGAGAAGGUUGGCAGAUCAGUGCUGGGUUAUAUUUUGAUAAAGCUAUAGCAAGUGAUUCAUGUGAUUCCGAUUCAGAAGAUGAAGAUGAAGGACGCAAAAAAUUUUGGAUAUUCACAGACGAUGCACCAGUUGAUAAUGAAAAUCUUAUUGUCUCUUCCGAAGAUAAAUUGGAGCUCAAUUAUAUUCUGAGUGGUAAAAACUUGGAGGGUUUAACUAAAGUGAUUCGAAAGGCAAAGGGUAAUUCAACCACCUAUAAUCAAUCCAAAAUCAAAUUCAAUGUUGAUGCACAAGGCGAAGAUCAGUUUGAAUCUGGAUUUGGUUCUCUUAUCCCCUAUAAUAGUUUUUAUUUAUAUAUCUUGCUAUUUUGUAUUAUCUUUUAA